AUGUCGACCGAUGAUCAAGUUUCCUUAUUAUCAUUCGACAAUGAGGUGUUUCGUCUGUAUGCUUGGUAUGCCACAGCAGUGACGGUGAAAAUGAUGCUCAUGUCGAUAUACGUCUCUCAAUACCGACUUAGAAGAAAGGUUGUUGAAAACCCCGAAGAUGUUCGUGGCGACAAAGUAAAAGCUUUCAGAAGAGAUGAAGAUAUUGAACGUGGUAGAAGGUGUCACCGCAAUGACAUGGAGAAUAUCCCUCCGUUCUUGAUCGUGGGUCUCCUGUACGUCCUGACAGGCCCAACUGUUUACAAUGCGACUUGGUACUUCCGCGUCUUCGCUGGGUCUCGGUUCUUCCACACCGUGGCAUAUCUCCUUCCCCUACCUCAGCCAUCCCGGGCACUAGGCUUCUUUGUUGGUUGGUGCACCAUCGUCUCAAUGGCCAUAAACGUUCUCAAAACUGGUCAAAUGUAACACAUACACUAGC